AUGGACGGAUUUGCCCGAGCGUCGCCGGGCCGCGAGCGCGGCCCCGCGUCGGGUUCGAGCCCCCGCGCGGACGAGAGCCGAGUCGAGGACGAGCGAGCGGGCGAACAGGGCGGAAACGGUCGCGAUCGCACCGAUGGCGACGCGCCCGUACAAGACACGACCUUUGCCGGACGUCACGCAGAAAAUUUCCUCGGCGCGGAUCGCGCCGACGCCCCUGCUUCUCGCGAGUGGCGCCGGGAACUAGAUUGCGGCCUUCGGUCCUUUUGCACGCCCAGUCGGCCCAGCAUUCACGCCCUGUUCAAACACCGGUUUUCCGACUUCGUCGUCCACGAGAUCGCCAAGGAAGGGCGGCCGGUCGUCCUCAGCGAGCCUCUCCAAGUCGGUGCCGGCGAUUCCCAGACGAACGGGCCGCACAGAGACAAAAGAGCGAGCCAAGAGACCGAACAGACGGAGACGAAGAGAAGGUGCGCCUCCGCGAUCGACGCCUCUUCUGACUCGAACCGCGCCGACCGCGGCGCUUGCGGCAACGACGGUCUCCCUCCUGACCCGGACGACUCGAGUCGCCGUCGCGACGCCUUGGACGGCUACCGAAACAAGUUUCCCUCCCUCGCAGGUCUCCUGUCUCUUUUUGAGAACGAGGGGGUCCCCGAGAAGGCGUCCGAGGAACAACUGGUCUGCCUCUUUCGGCUCGCGGACGGCGAGGAUCUGAGCGAAUUCGCCUCUGAGACGCAUCGCGAAGGAAACGCCUGGAUCCAGGGAGACGCGGACGGAAAGAACGCGCUUUUUUUGGAUUUCACGGGCAGGUCGAAGGAGGCCAGGACGCGGUUCCACCAAUUGGUCAGGGAGAGCACGGAGCAGCUGAGGAGCGAGACGACCACCGUAGGGGAAGGCAGAACGGCGAUUCGCGUGUGGCGCGGAAAGGACAAAUACGACAGGUACCGCCGCCAUCCCAGAGAAAGCAAGUGCAAAUACACGAGCUUCGUGGUUUGCAAGGAAAACAUGGACACGAUGGAGAUGGUCCACCUGGUGGCGAGGACUUUGGGGCUGCAGCCGAAAAAAGUUCAGUUCGCCGGAACGAAGGACAAACGGGGAGUGACCGUGCAGAGAGUGUCCGUACCCUGGGUUGACGCGGACAGAGUGGCUCGGCUAAGCAGGCUUAGGAACAUCAUUGUGGGCAACGUCGAGGAUUCGAACGUCGCGAUCAAACUAGGAGACCUAACCGGGAACAAAUUUCAAGUGAUGCUAAGGGAAGUGGGCGUCGAUCGCGUCGAGGCAGCUCACGGCGACGACUCAAGCCAAGCCGAGUCCCGCUCGCUGUCUCUGGAAUUGUGCCAAUCCGUCUUGGACGCGUGCGACUUCGUCAAAAAAUUCGGCUUCAUCAACUAUUUCGGAUGUCAGCGAUUCGGAACUCACGUCGUGCGAACUCACUGGGUCGGCCGUCUGUGCCUGUUGGGGAAGUGGCGAGAAGUCAUAGAGUGCAUCCUAGCGCCCGAAGAAAGAGACUCAAGCGCAAUCCGCGAGGCGAUGAAAUCCUACGACUCGUCCGCGGGCGCCAAGGCAGCUCUGUCUCUCUUGCCCAAGAAGAUGUCCAUAGAAAGGGCGAUUUUGCGCUCUCUGGCGCAGCACCCCGGCGACUACCUGCGCGCCUUUCAGUCGCUCGUACGGUCCAUGCGGAUGAUGUACGUCCACGCCUACCAAAGCUACAUAUGGAACGAGGCAGCCUCGAAGAGAGUCGACGCGUACGGGAUCUCGGAGGUCGUGGUGGGAGACCUGGUCGUCGAAAAUCCAGAAACGCUAGGCGGGCCGAACUCCGCCGACCUGGAGGGGGACGGCGGAAAACUGGAGGAGGAGGACGGAAAACCGGAGGAAGACAACGGAAAACCGGAGAACGACGACGGAAAACCGGAGAGCGAAAACUCUUCCGCCGGGCCACGCGUUCUCCUAGUCGACUCAAAAGAAAUGGCGCUUCGCUACUCUAUUCACCAGGUCGUGCUGCCUCUCCCCGGAAAGAACGUGCUCUACCCCACUCACCAAGUCGGAGAAUUCAUAUCCGACCUCCUCGCCCUUCACGGGCUCGAUCGGUCCUUCUCUGCGGACAAGCAGUUUUACCUCGGCGGCGACUACCGGCCGCUUCUCGCGCGCCCGUCGAACUUCGACUACGCGUUCGUCGCCUACUCCUCCAGGGACCAAGACCUGGUCCGCACCGCCAUGAGCCGCGGCGAUUCGCACGAUCUGCCGCCAGAUCGAAACUAUCCAGCUCUAAAAAUAGAGCUAGAACCGGAUUGUCGGGUCUUCGUCCCCGCCGAGCUGUCGUCCGCCGACCGCCCCACUCGCGCGGGGCUUUACCUGUCCUUUUGCCUGCCGAGCUCGUGCUACGCGAGCUGUCUCAUUCGCGAGGUGCUGCGGCGACCGCUGGACCAGGCGACGCUUCGCAGCGUCUACAGAAGACCGGAGUCUUAG